AUAACAAUGUAUAACGAAUAAAAUUGUAUAAAAAUGACCUGUAUUCUGUGUAAAUUUUAGAUGGGAAGAUCGAAAUUGAAGAAGAAGCUACAGCAAAAAAAACCGAUAGCAAAAGAAACCGAAGAGUCGACAAGUACGAAGGUGCCAAUAGAUAAUUUACCAGAAAAAUUUCUCUGGAUGCACGUGAAGAGCGGUACAAAAAUCAGAAACGUUCUUGCUUACGCGCUGAAGGAAUUUCCCAGUUGUAACAGCAUCGUCUGGACCGGAAUCGGACAUGGCAUUAUGAAAGUCAUUUCUUGCGCGGAAAUCUUCAAGAGGAAACACGAGGGCCUUCAUCAAGUGACAAAGCUGCGUUACGUCAGUUCAGAAAAAUCCAAGGAGGACACAGCUACCGAAACUCAUCGGAUACCUGAAAUUCAUAUUUUACUGACUAAGGAUAUUAAGGAUACAACUCAACUCGGAUAUCAAGCGCCUGGCGAUUGCGGGAAAUUCCUGAAGAAGGAAGAUGCAACGGGGUCAAAGACAAACAGUACAACAGAAAAGACUGAUAAUGUGCCUUGCAUCGACAAGCAAUCCUCGACAAUGGAAAAAAGUGGAAAAAGAAAAAAUAUAAACAAACUGAAGAAAAAGGCGGAACCACCUUUGAAGAAAAAUAAAGUAUCUUGAUUAGAGUAAUUAAAUUAAUAUAAUUAAAGUAUUUUUAACUUCGUUAUUCUAUAUUCUAGCUUCGAAUAUUUCUAUCAUUUGUUUAUGUUCUUUUUUUCUCCAAAAUCUGAGCAUGCUUCACUUUGUGAGUAUAGAAAAUGUGAUACAAGUGCAACUAAAAAGAACAGCCAAACUUACUUUUAGAUAUUGUUCCAUAAUAGUUGAAAUAGCACAAGUCUUGUAUAGAAAGUUUAUUUCUUUAUCAUUACACAGACAAUUUUCACGAGAACAGUCACACGUCAUAUAUAUAUGUAUUCCUGCUGCGUAAAGAAUCUCUCGUCACAGUAUUCAUCGCGAUAUUCAUUAAUACAUUAAACUCGAAUUUUUGUACUUACAAGUUUUAUAUACAGUGUUACAAUAUUCUUCCCAUCGCGUUGAAUACGAAAAGAAACAAUCUCGCAAUACGCGAUAUCCCAGUGUUGCUUGUCGCUCGAUAGAAUCUCGUUAUGAGAAACAUGUAGGGCA